AAUGUCUACACAAUCGUGGCUACCAUAUGGCCCAAAUCCCACUGGAAUCAGUCCGGGACACCUUAAAUACACGAGGAACAUGGCAUCAUCCCUAGACCUUGUAAGCUCUUCUUUCUAUAGAGCCAUGGUUCCACGGCUCCCCAGUCUAAACCUACAAACUGACCAAACCAGAAAAAGAAAAAGCAUCCCAGUAAAGGUCGCGGAAACAACAACAAUGGCGGAAAGAAAAAAAGAAGACUCCAAGAAGAAAUCAAAAUGGCCGAAAAUUAAUCCUAAAAAGGAUCUUCAAAUCAAUGUUCUCAAAGAAACUCAUCUCUUUACGGUGCCGAAUUUCUUUACAUCUGCGGAAUCAAAAGGGUUUGUACAAGCUGCAGAGUUGAUGGGUUUCGCUCAUCAAGGAAGUCUUGGACCUACUAGAGGAGAAGCUUUCAGAGAUAAUGAUCGGAUUUCUGUGGAUGAUCCUGUUUUAGCACAAACUAUUUGGGAAUCUGGGUUGAACAAGUUUUUCACUGAUAUUAAAAUCCGGGGAAAAGUUGCUGUUGGGUUGAAUCCUAAUAUUAGAUUCUACAGAUACAAGACUGGGCAGCGAUUUGGACGUCACAUUGAUGAAAGUGUUGAACUAGGUGAUGGACGGAGAACGUAUUAUACAUUGCUAAUAUAUCUUAGUGGUGGUGGGUCGGGUCAGAAAACAAAGACAGAGAUGAGCAGCCAAAAAGAUGCUUCUGUGGAGCCUUUAGUUGGAGGAGAAACUGUCUUUUACGGUCCUCGAAGAGGUGUUGUUGCGGAGGUUGCCCCCGCUGAAGGGAUGGCUCUGCUUCACCUCCAUGGAGAUAAUUGCAUGUUACAUGAGGCCCGUAAUGUAGCGAAGGGUGUUAAGUAUGUUUUCCGCUCAGAUGUAAUCUUUGCUUGAUGGUCAUCUGUCGUCUCUCCUUCAAUCAAAGUUCGAAGUUCUUUCUCUUGAAAGAGUUUUUGUUUUUAUAGUUUCUGCAUUUCGAUGUGGCAUAAGUUGGGUUCAAAUUGAGACCCCAAACUUGCAACAAUCAGCUGUAUCAGUCUGUGUAUAAUCAUCCUCUCUGUAUUACAGUUAUUUCCUAAGCAAUUACUGAACUAGGCACACAAUUAUUUAGAACAGGAGAACAGUAUUUUCUGUUUCUGAUCCUGUAGUAAAUCUGAAAUCUGAAUUGAUCUGAAAGGAUAUCCUACUGAUUUCUUACUUAUUUCUGCCUUCCA